AUGUCCAAACCUUCAGAUCACAUCAAGCGGCCCAUGAACGCCUUCAUGGUAUGGUCCCGGGGCCAGCGUCGCAAGAUGGCCCAGGAAAACCCCAAGAUGCACAACUCGGAGAUCAGCAAACGCCUGGGCGCGGAAUGGAAGCUCCUGUCGGAGGCCGAGAAGCGGCCUUACAUCGACGAAGCCAAGAGGCUGCGCGCCCAGCACAUGAAGGAGCACCCCGACUACAAGUACCGGCCACGACGCAAACCCAAGAACCUGCUCAAGAAAGACAGGUAUGUCUUCCCCUUGCCCUACCUGGGCGACACGGACCCGCUCAAGGCGGCCGGCCUGCCGGUCGGGGCCUCCGACGGCCUCCUGAGCGCUCCCGAGAAAGCUCGGGCCUUCUUGCCGCCGGCCUCGGCGCCUUACUCCUUGCUGGACCCCGCGCAGUUUAGCUCAAGUGCCAUCCAGAAGAUGGGUGAAGUGCCCCACACCUUGGCCACCAGCGCGCUGCCCUACGCAUCCACCCUGGGCUACCAGAACGGCGCCUUCGGCAGCCUCAGCUGCCCCAGCCAGCACACGCACACGCAUCCGUCCCCCACCAACCCGGGCUACGUGGUGCCCUGUAACUGUACCGCUUGGUCUGCCUCCACCCUGCAGCCCCCUGUCGCCUACAUCCUCUUCCCAGGCAUGACCAAGACUGGCAUAGACCCUUACUCUUCAGCCCACGCCACGGCCAUGUAA